GAACAGAGCCAACGUGACAUCAACACAGAGAGGUGGAGUUAAUAAUGAGAAGUGUAUAAUCUGGAGAGCACAGUGUUUAGACGGAGGAAACAGCCUGAAGACACGAGCAUCGGGGAUAGAGGAGGCAACCAUCUCAUCUGACUGGUUUCCCCAUCAAAGCAGGACCGGGUUUCAUUUUUCUUAGUGUGGCUUUGUUUGUUUGACGUGAUUUUGCCUUUUUCGCGAGAGGCAGUUAACGGUGCUUUUUUUCCCCGAAAAGGAUUUAUACAUUUAUAUCAAAAAAAUUAAAAAAAAGAAGAAAACAGCAGGACUGAGGAGGGAGUAUCGUUAUAUGUUCAAAUUGCUUCUUGUGUGUGCUGGAUUGGAUUGAUUUCACAGACAUCAGACUAUGCUCCUAAAAUCGAAAAAAAAUUCUCCGGUGGUAAAAUAAAUAAAUAAUAUAUAUAUAUGUAUUUUUUAUUUCGAUGCAUUGCCCUGAAAUGAUUAUAUUUAUAGAUACUGUGUUUUGUGAAGGAAUAUUUACACCAGCGUGAAGGACAGUUUUUUCUUAACCUACCUCUUUUUUUUUUUUACCCACCAGUGACGGCAGUUUUCCUUGCAAUUUAAAAGUUUAGGCUAAGAAGGAACAUACUUUGAUAAUGAAGAGAACAAUCAUGAGACCAGUAUGAAUACAGCUUUUGUUGUUAAAUAUUUGGAUAUGACUACAUUUUGAAUAUUGUCAAUUUUUCUUUUUGAAAUCUGAUACAGGCUAUUUUCUUUUUUGUUAGUUUAUGCACAAACCGUUUUGGACCUUCCAGUGAUUAUCCCUUUUCAGCUUCUACAUCUUUAGGCAGUUAUCCUGUGUUAAGAUUGUGUAGCUGGAGGGUUGGCUAGCCCACCUCUAACAUAUUUGAAAAUAAUCUGUAAUCCAAGAAGUGGGAUAUCAAUUAAAGCAAUCAUGGCCCUGCCAGAUAAUGCCAGUUGUACCCUGCCAGGAGAGGAGCCCCCUUUUCCAGAAAUCAUUGAGCUCAAUGUGGGUGGACAGGUGUACAUCACCCGUUACGCCACUGUCACCAGUGUUCCUGACUCCCUACUCUGGGAGAUGUUUAGCCGGAAAAACAUCAAGACUCUGGCCAGGGACACCAAGGGCCGUUUUUUCGUGGACAGAGACGGGUUCUUGUUCCGCUACAUUUUGGAUUACAUGCGAGACCAGCAGCUGGUGCUCCCAGAUCAUUUCCCUGAGCGCAGCCGGCUGCAGAGGGAGGCAGAGUACUUUAACCUGCCUGAGCUGGUCAAACUGCUCACCCCAAAGAUAAGCAAACAAAACUCCAUCGGUGAUGACGCAUGCCAGAGUGACCCAGAAGAGUCAUCACCCAAUGCAGACACAGCCAGGAACAUCGCCUCACUAGGUGCCAUAGCAUGCGCUAGCAUCACCCAAGGUCCCGGCUCUGAAUCGCGCCGCGCUGGCUUUAUCACCAUCGGUUACCGUGGCUCCUACACCCUGGGCCGUGACAGCCAAACUGAUGCCAAAUUCAGAAGGGUGGCCCGAAUUAUGGUCUGCGGCAAGACCUCCCUGGCUAAAGAAGUGUUUGGUGACACCCUGAAUGAAAGUCGGGACCCAGACCGCCCCCCUGAGAGGUACACUUCCCGCUACUACCUGAAGUUCACCUUCCUUGAACAAGCCUUCGAUAAGCUUGCAGAUUCCGGUUUCCACAUGGUGGCCUGCAAUUCCACAGGCACCUGCGCUUUCGCCCAUGACCAAACAGAUGACAAAAUCUGGACCAGUUACACCGAAUAUGUUUUCUACCGUAAAGAUGCUUCUUGGCAAGAUCUGGAGUACAGCAACCAACCACUCAAGCUGACAGGAGGGAAACUGGGUGUCAGGGAGCAGCAGGACCAACUGGGUGACAUGCAGAAGUGCUUAGACACCGGCACAGCCAGCUGUAACGACCUGACUGCCUCCAGCCCGGGUAGCCAAGCAGAGACCAACACAGUGCUGGAUAUUCGGAAUGGCUUCUUAGUGGUUACACCACCACCUCCAGAGCCUGAGGACAUGGGGACCUUGGUAAGCUAUGACAUGAAGGACAGCCAGGAGCUGCCACACCCUCCCCUGCCUACACCACAUCCUACCCAGGAUGCCUCACUAGCAGGUCCAACACACCAGCCUGGGAACCUAAAGCAAGAGCCGUCUUGCCAUGGCACCCCAACACGACCCACAACUCUCCGGCUUGACCAGCCGCCCAGAAAGGUGGAGGCAGUGGAAAUGCCCUGCCAGCAGUUACCCAGCCAGCAGACACCCAGCGGGCAGUCACAGGCCUGUGAAAAUAGGGCUGCUCCCAAGGACCCUGAGGCUGAGGAGAAGAAGGAAAUGGAGGAGCAGCUGAAAAAGUGCAUCGAGGAUUUCAGGAGGAUCAAAAUUCCUCCAAUCUUCCCAGACCGCAAACGCCACUGGCAGAACGAUCUUCUUAAGAAAUACAAUGCAUAGGGAAACAGGAUACUCACUGGCAACAGUGUUAAAAGCAAUCUGUAACUACAACCAUAUAAACUGAAAUAGAGCUUCAUUUAAAGUUUGCAGAUGAAACAUGGGGUGAUGUUUAAGGAGACACAAGGGAUGAACUGCAAAAUUAGAAAUAUCAGCCAUUUGUGACACACACUUUGUGUAAAAAAAUGGACCGCUCCUUCUAUCACUGAUGAAUUUGUUAUGCAAAUAGAAUCCCUGACAUUAUAUAUACAACAGUGUGGCAAAGUGGCUAGUGAAGGGGAAGAGGUGUAGCGGUGAUGCGAUGCAGGAGUGACAGGCAGACAACGGUAUCCAGUGGAAAAGGUGCUUUAUUUAUAAACCAGUUCUGGCGACCGAAAAAUAAUAAAUCCCCGGCUAUACACAACAAUGUGUAAAGCGCGGGGAUAACAAAACAGGGCACCGUCCCGAACAAAAACGAACACGUGCUGGUGCUGAGUGCAAACACAGGUAUUUUCGUGACGGUAGUGCAGUGGUGCUCCGGGUUGUGCUGACCCUCGGCGACAGCUCCGGAGGUGUGCUUUAACUGUCUGGUGAUGCAAAAACACGAACAAUUACAAUACAGACAAACACAACACAAAAACACGUAACACGUCUUCCUUUUAUUAUUGAGAUCACCGUUACCCUGGCCCCUAUAUGUAGUCCCGCAUGAUAUCUAGGUAAACGGUUGCAGCUGCCUUAUUACUUGCAGCUGCCCCUCGUUUACCUUUCAAGUCAAUACAGUCUUACAACAGAGUCUCGCUUCUUUCCAGGCUGGCCCACUUCCCGGUCCCGGAAACGAACUGUCAGGCCAGCCCUUCCAGAUACUUCUCCUCCCGUUCUUUAGCGCCCUCACAGAUCGGGAGGAAGAUUUAUCACCAGAACUCAUUGUAUUUCUGUCACAAACAGUCUCGUUUGAAAUUAGUUUUAGUCACCAUGAGCAAGACAGCAGGUCUGACAGACUUUGACAGAGGGCAGGCAGGUGCUUCUGUGUCCAAGAUUGCACAAAUGACUGAUGUUUCACAAAGAACAGUCUCAAAUGUGAUGACUGUAGGACGUUUUGAAGACCAGACUUUGCUACAAAUUGAGGAAUUACUGAGUAAUGGUAACUUUUCCUUCCAGGAGCAUUUAAACACCUUACAGACUCAUCACUUCAAAUCUGUCCAGUCCUUAUUUUAAUUUGUUUUCAUUAAUAUCUGAAAAUAUGAAACUAGACUUAUUUGCUUACCUGUACCUGUGCACCUUAUUUUGUUAUUGCAGUAUUUUCAAUAAUCUGGUAUGGUAGGGAAUGCCUUGCAAUAAAGUAGGACUGAGUACAGUGUAGGAUAUUUGUUUUUGUAUUUAUUUUUAGAUUUGUGUCAUUUGUAAAAUUAAAAUUGUAUACAAAAGCACAUUUUUGGCUUGUCUUUAUCUUAGAUUGCUGCAGUUCUGUCUCCCUCGGGGGGUUGGUUGGGUGCUUGAAUGAUUCUGCCUUCUCUUCCUAUAGGC